CCUCAAAGACCUCACAGGUCGCCCGCGCACGGUCAUUUCCCCAUCCUCCCGUGCACGAGAGAAACAAAAAUUAGCUCUGACGGCCCUUUGCGGUUCCAAUACAUGGUCGAAGCCAAAACGCUCUCCGUACACCGAUGCCGGUUCGUGGACUUCACCCCGGCAGGCGUAACGGCGCUCGCAUUCCCCCCACUGUCCCUGCCCUCGCCCAAGGGGAAGAAGGCCGCCGUCGUGAGACAUGCACUGAAGUUCGCGAAUCUUGCUGUGGGUCGUGCAAACGGUAAUAUUGAGAUAUGCGAAUGGACAGGGUCGGAAAACGAACUGCAGGCGCCACAGGCCUGGGUGGUGAAGAAGACAAUUGCAGGACCAUGUCCAUCUAGAGUGGACUCUUUGGCGUUUGUCCUGCGCAACCCAUACGAGGUCUCGCCUGAUGAGACACCAGUUCUCUCGGACCUCCGCCUCUUCAGUGCAGGUGGAGGGAGUGAACUUGCAGAGUGGGAUGUCGAUUGCGCUUGCAUCAAGAAAACCAUCCCAUCGCAAGGCGGCUCAAUAUGGUGCAUCUCACCGAACCCUGCUUCCACUAUACUCGCAAUCGGAUGCGAAGACGGCGCCAUCCGUCUUCUCUCGGUCGAGCACGGCACGCUGCAACACGUCCGGAGGCUUGACCGAGCAAAGAGUAGAAUUCUUAGCAUCGCAUGGGGCCCGCCAAUACCCAGGCAGUCCUCUUCGACAGGGCAGCCCAGGGAUACGGAUGAAGAUGAUGACGAUGACGAUGACUGGAACGAUACGUGGAUUGCGGCAGGGUGCUCAGACAGCAGUGUGCGGAGGUGGGAUGUCGCGACAGGACGGGUGUGUGAGCGAAUGGGAACAGACAAAAUGAGAGGAGAGCGAACAUUGGUCUGGUCCAUCGGUGUGUUUGGUGAUGGCACUAUUGUCUCUGGAGACUCGCUAGGCAUGGUCAAGUUCUGGGACUCAAGAACAGGGACACAACUGCAGAGCUUCCAAGCGCACGGCGCAGAUGUUCUUUGCCUUACCAUCAAUCCUGAAGGCACGGCGGUGUAUACCUCUGGCGUCGACCAAAAGGUCGUAGAGUUCCAUAGCAUCAAGACUACAAGCACCGAACAGUCUUCUAUUUUGUCCCGCUCGUCAACCCGGUGGAUCCAGUCAGUAGCUCGCCGGUUACACUCGCAUGACGUCCGUGCUCUCGCCAUCUGGCCACCAUAUUCCCCGCUUCCCCCCUCACACCGCCGUCGAUUCCCUCUCGAUGUUGCCCCCGUCAUCGCUUCUGGCGGUCUCGACAUGUCUGUCGUCGUAGCACCAGCCGCGUUACCCACAAGCACAAUCACGAAGGUCGUCAACCCGCUCGACACGAGUCAAGUCGCCACCUUUGAAGAUUCGUAUCAGCGGCGACUAGCGUACAGCUCCGGUCCGUACAACUCGUCCGCCGUACAUCUCGCGCGUCAGGCGCGGCUGUUGCUGUGCCAGCGGGAUACAGGCGCGAGCAUUUGGCGGAUCCGUCCCAAGCAGACGCUUUCGUACGGCGAUGAUGGUGCGGAGGAACCGCCGCACGCGGAGGGCGGAUGGGAGCCAGUGAUUGACCUGGAUUUAAUGGUAGACACAAAUAUCGUGGCGAGCGCUAUUUCGGAUGACGGCGAGUGGGUUGCCAUUUCGGAUUGGUACGAAUCAAAGUUGUUUCGUAUGGAGAAGCUGCCGAACGGACAGCUCAAACCUAAGCGCAUACGAGACUUGGCUUCUAUCUUACGGCCGCAUGUUCCAUCAACGCCAGCAUCAACAGGCGCGUCCUGCUUCGUCUUUACCCCGGACAGCAGAAAACUUGUCAUGGCGUCAGCUAUCUCGUCUUAUAUCCUCAUAAUCGACCUUGCUUCCGAAAAGCCUCGCGUUCUAAGACGGUUCGAGCAUCACCGUAUGCAAAACAUUGUCCUUGGCGAGCGCGUUAUAAAGGGUCGGCAACGGAGCCAUGGGGCGGGGGAUGUUGAGAUGCAGGACCAGAAUGCAGAGGACGCGGACGAGAGUGAUGAAGACAUCGACCCGCCAAAACCGGUUAUCGCCACCGUGACACGCAUGGCCGUCAGUCCGGACGGCCAAUGGCUCGCGACAUCCGACGACCACCGUCGGACACACGUCUUCAACCUCGACUCGGUGCAAUACCACUGCGUGCUGCCGUCCUUCCCACAGCUCACGCACGCGCUCGCCUUCGACCGCGCGUCGCCAAGCACACUCGUACUCGGCCUCGCGAACAACACGAUCCAUGUGUACGACGUCGAGAGCCGCACGUUCCCCGCAUGGGCGCGCGCACUGACGGCCGCGCUCCCGCGCCGCUUUACGCACCUGCACGACCCGGUGCUCGGAGUGGCGUUCGACGCGCCGGCCCAACGCGGGAGCGCACUGUUCUGGGGUGCGACGUGGCUCUGCCGUGUGCAGCUCGACGCGGGCGUCGGCUUCGGCAACUUUGACAGGAAGCGCCGCUGGGGUGCCGCCAAGCCUGCGCCGAGGUAUGUCGCGGGCCAGCAAGACGCGGAUGGCAUGCCAACAUUCCAGCAGGACAACUUCAAGCUCGUGACGCACUACCGGCCCAUCCUCUUUGCGGACUUUAUUGGCCCGGCCGAGCUCGUCAUCGUCGAGCGACCGCUUGUGGACGUGCUCGCGAAACUUCCGCCGGCGUUCUUUAAACCCAAGUACGGUGCGACGUAG